AUGGCCGCGCUAUCCAAAUUCUCUCUCCCAGACGCAUCCCUCAAAUCCCUUCUCUCCUCCCUAACCACCCACUAUGUCAAACACCGCAAACUUAUCUCCCGGGGCGUCUACCUAACUCUCUUCCUCGCCCUCAUCAAGCGCAUCCACAACGCAAUCGCGGAACAAAAGGCGGCCUCCCAGCGCAUAGCAGAGAUCCGCGGACGACCUGGCACGAACAAGAUUAACGGAUCUGAUAAUGCCAAUGGCAGCGGCGGGGCAGCUAACGGCGCGGGGCCUAAAAAGGUAGAGCUGAAUUGGGAAUUUGUCAAGAAUCUGCUUCGUUUGUUGAAGAUUAUUAUCCCCGGGUCGAAGAGUAAGGAGCUGCGAUUGCUGAUUAGCCACUCGGUGUUUUUGGUGUUGCGCACGUUGUUGAGUGUGUAUGUUGCGGAGCUGGAUGGGAAGUUGGUUAGUAGUUUGGUGAGGGGGAAGGGGAGGGAGUUUUUGCUUAGCCUUACGUGGUGGAUGGCCGUGGCGGUUCCGGCGACGUUUACGAAUUCAAUGCUUUCCUAUCACCAAUGUCAACUGGCGCUUCAUUAUCGGAAACGGCUGACGGAAUAUGUGCAUGGCCACUACCUGUCGAACAUGUCGUUUUAUACCCUAUCCGCCCUAGAUGACCGUAUCAAAAAUCCAGAUCAACUUAUAACAGUCGACAUCUCACGAUUCUCAAACAGUUUGGCGGAGCUCUACUCGAACCUCGCCAAGCCUAUCCUUGACAUGGCUAUAUAUAAUUAUUCUUUGUCGAAGAGCGUGGGUGGCGAGGGCCUUUUCAUCAUGUCACUCCUUGUCCAAUUAUCCGCAAACGUGAUGCGCGUCCUCACGCCGCCCUUCGGAAAAUAUGUCGCUGAUGAAGCACGGCUGGAGGGCGAGUUCCGGUUCCAACAUACGAGACUCAUCGAUCACAGUGAAGAGAUCGCCUUAUACCGUGGCCAUGAGGCGGAGAAAAAUACGUUGGAUAAGGGUUAUUUCACACUGAUCAAACAUGUGAAUCGCAUCUUGCGGAGGAGGCUGUACUAUGGUUUCAUGGAGGACUUUGUGAUUAAGUACUUCUGGGGCGCGCUGGGGUUGAUUUUGUGUAGUGUCCCAGUUUUCUUUAAGCUUCCUGGACAGACCGCCGAGACGAUGGGGGAUAGAACGGAGAGCUUCGUUACAAAUAGGCGCAUGCUACUCUCUUCCUCCGAUGCCUUCGGACGGGUGAUGUUUUCUUACAAAGAAAUUUCACAACUGGCUGGCUAUACUGCCCGCGUAACAUCUCUGCUGGACGUCAUCGACGACGUCGCAGCAGGGCACUUCGAAAAGAAGCUCGUCUCAUCUGCUUCAACGGACGAGAACGUCGCCGUCCUCAGCGGCCGUGGCACCAUCACUGAAAGCGACUCCAUCGAAUUCGUCGAUGUCCCCAUCGUGUCUCCCAACGGGGACGUGCUGGUCCAGAAACUGUCCUUCACCGUCCACCCGGGCGAUCACCUCCUCAUCGUCGGCCCCAAUGGGUGUGGGAAGUCCUCCCUCUUCCGAAUCCUGGGCGGCCUAUGGCCUGUGUAUGGCGGGACUGUCAAAAAACCUUCCUUCGAAGACAUCUUUUACAUCCCGCAACGCCCCUACCUGUCCCGCGGCACGCUGAGACAGCAAGUCAUAUAUCCCGACGGCCUGCGCGAGAUGCGCGCUAAAGGGGUCACCGACGAAGACCUGUAUGAGAUCCUUAGCGUCGUGGAGAUCGCGUCUAUCGUCGAUCGACCGGGAGGGUGGGAUGCGGAGGAAGAGUGGCGUGAUGUCCUUUCCGGCGGUCUACAACAGCGAAUUGCCAUGGCGAGGCUCUUCUACCAUAAACCCAAAUACGCGAUUUUGGACGAGUGCACGUCCUCCGUGACGUUGGAGAUUGAGAAGGUGAUGUAUGAGACGGCGGAGAAGCUUGGGGUGACACUGAUGACUGUGUCGCAUCGGCGGAGUUUGUGGAAGUAUCAUAAGAAGAUCUUGCAGUUUGAUGGGCAGGGGAAUUGUAUUUUUUCCAGCUUGGAUUGGGAGAAGAGGCUGAGACUGGAGGACGAGAAGGAAGAAAUUGAUCUCCAGCUCCGUGCAGUGCCGGAGUUGGAGAAGAGGCUUUCCGAGCUUACAGCCUCGUGA